CACACACAUACCCAUCAUGUCGCUUGCGAGAGUAGGAAGGUUCGCCUGCCUCCGCGCCGGCAGGCUCGCCGCGCCUGUCAAUGCCCGUUUUGUGUCGACCGCCGACGGCUCCGUCAAGACCAGCCCUGCUGAUGCCCCGACCAUCCCUCACAAAGACAGCACAUUGAUCCGCAAGGAGAGCCCUUCGCAGGCAAUGGCCCGUCACCAGCCCGAUUAUGAGGCCACCAUUGAUCACGCCACUUCGCAAUUCUCCCCUGUGCCCAAGCGUGUCAUGGAUGGCAGCGAGCCCGGUGACACCGUCGCUGCUGCUGUUCUGUCUGGCGCUCCCACCGAUCUGCAGGCUCGUACCGUCCGGAUUUACCGCCCUACGAAGCCCGCUACUCAGUCUGGAACCUGGCACGGUCACCACUGGAGAAUGGACUGGGAUAUCUUGCAGAAGGGCCACCGGUGGGAGAACCCUCUGAUGGGCUGGCAAUCUUCCGCCGACUGCAUGCAGGGUACCAACCUCAAGUUCAAGAGCAAGGAGGACGCCAUCCUGUUUGCGCAGAAGCAAGGUUACGAGUACUUCGUUCAGGAGCCCAAUGAGCGCCGGUUCGUUCCCAAGUCGUACUCCAACAACUUCCUCCACGAGCCGAAGAAGCUCAAGCACAUCAAGACCAAAUAAAUUGAGUUAUUCUUCGCGUCUCGUGUACAUAAGUGCAGGCUUUUGUUCUAGUCCCGAAUUAUGCUUUGAGGUUAAUUACAUUGUUUUCAACACUUCAACUUACCCACACUUUCAAGUCCAUGGCUUGUUUUCGUCACCGGAGAGGAUUUUGCAUCACUAGAGGUGGCUUCCAGAAGGCAGUAUUGACAUGGCACCUACUCAUGGACCAGGCUAGGAUACAGCCUUUUCAAUGGUCCACUAAGUGUCCAUAUGCUACAGAGGUGCGAGUGAUAGCCACCGUGUAACCAGAUGCCAUGGGCUCAAUUGGGUUACAUCAGCAUGCUGGCACAUCUCCCACUAAUGAUUUCUGUCUCAGCUCACGCUACAACCCUUUUGGACCCCAACGCUUCAUUGCGAGUCACUGCAUUGCACUGAUUUCACUACGUGACAGCAGUCUGACUAGAUCCUUAUAGUAAAAGAGUAUCUUGGCC